GGCAGUCUAACACUGGUUCUUGAAACAGUUGUAGUGAUAUGGCAGUAGUGGAGGGGAGCGGGCAGUAACGAAGUCUGCACAGAUACAAAUACUGAAAGUGUGUUUCGUACAAGAGGCAGAUCCGCUGGAUGUGGGUCUUGUCACCGAUGAACCAGAAGAGCUCAGCUGCAGAAUUCAAGACGAGACAAAAAAGCGCAGCCUCACUGCCUCAGGGCUACCUAUCCUCCGUCUGGCUGGCGUCAAGGUGCGGGUACGAGUGAGUGAGCGCCCACUCGGUCAAACUAUCUGACAAAAUGACACCCCAAUGACUCCGCACCUACCUUGGUAGAGACACAUAGGUUGGGAUGGCGAAGGAAACGAAAGGGAAAGCCGCUUCCCGCAAGCACAGUGCCUCCCACUGGCGGAUGCAGGACAUUGCACAGGAGUCUGUUGACAGCUCAGAUGAGGAGUUUUUCGAUGCCAGAGCAGAUGUGCUGGAGGGGAAGAGUGCCAUCCUCCUGGGGAUGAGCCAGUGGAACUCCAACGACCUGGUGGAGCAGAUCGAGACCCUGGGACACAUGGACCAAUCACAAGGGAGCCUGUAUCGCCUGGGGCGUCCUCGAUGUGUCCCUCAGAGCAGCAUCGACGGGUUAGAGGACAUGGAGAAGACCCAGUGUAAGACCCACGUGUUGCUGCUGGUGAUGCAUGGUGGGAACAUCCUGGAUACAGCAGGGGGAGACCCUGGCACCAAGGCUGGCGAUGCCACCACGCUGUCCUCCGUGCUGGAGAAGGUGGCUCGGGCACACUUCCAGGCCGCUGCAGAACAUGUGAUGAUCAAGCUAGUGGCCUGCCCGGCUGUGUGUGCCGAGGCCUUCUCCCUCGUCUCCAAUCUGAACCCAUACAGCUAUGAUGAGAGCUGUGUGUCCAGCAGCGUUGACCACCUGCCCCUGGCCGCCCUCCCGCUCCUCGCCAUUGCAGCCCCACACUACCAGGACGCCGUGGCAACCCUCAUCACCCGCGCCAACCAGGCCUACCACAGCUUCCUCGUGUCCCAGGACGGACAGGGCUUCACUGGCCAGGUGUGUGUGAUGGGCGACUGUGUGGGAGGUGUGCUGUGCUUCGACGCCCUGUGUUUCAGCAGCAGCAGUAGUAGCAGUCAGAGGCAGCACAGCAGCCCCAGCAGCAGCAGGAACAACAGCACUGAGAGCCUCAAGGAUAACCCUGAGGACAGCCCCUGUCACAGCCCCAGCCUUGGACUCAGCUCCAGUAAGAGGCUGAGUAAGAGUAACAUUGAUAUCUCGGCCCUGCCCAGCGAUGGACACAACCAGGCCAGACAGCCCCUCAGCAGGAAACAGAGUGACUCGUAUGAUGGAGACACAUCUACUGGACAACACAGCUUCUUCAGCAGUCUGAUGCAGGAGGGGGUGGACCUGCGCCCCGGCAGCAGCAGUAGUCUGAUUUUGAACCCAGGGAGGUUUGACUUUGAGGUCUCUGAAUGUUUCCUGCUGGGCUGUCCACUGGGUCUGGUGCUGGCCAUGAGACGCACGGUACUGCCUGCUGUCCAGGUGAGUCAACUCCGUCCUGCCUGCACCCAGAUCUUCAACCUGUUCUACCCCUCAGACCCCUCUGCCUCCAGACUGGAGCCCCUGCUGGAGCCCCUCUUCCACAAGCUGCCCCCCUUCCCCAUGCCGCGCUACCAGCGCUACCCCCUGGGAGACGGACGCUGCACACUUAUAGCUGACAGUAUCCAAAGUCACCCAGAGGUGUUCCUGGAGGCAGAGCCCAGUCCUGGUGCCCCGACCGUGCCCCCUUCCCCUGAGACAGACAGCAGUGGAAGGGGAGGAGGAGGAGGGCGCAGAGCCAGUGUGACCAGCGUGGACAGUGAGACGUCCUUCUGCUCUGUGGGCCGGAUGAGUAGCACCAUCACCAACAUUUCCAGUAGCUGGUGGGGCUCUAAGAGGUUGGACUAUGCUCUGUACUGUCCAGACGUGUUGACCUCCUUCCCCACAGUGGCACUGCCUCAUCUCUUCCAUGCCUCCUACUGGGAGUCCACUGAUGUUGCUGCGUUUCUGCUCCGACAGCUCAUACGAUGCGACAGUGUGAAGGCCCAGGAAGCUGACAGCAAGGACUCAGCCCCCUUCUCUCCAUCCAGCCCACGGGAGAAGUGGCUUCGCAGGAGGACGCAUGUCAAACUGAGGAAUGUGACUGGCAACCACAGGGUGAAUGAUAUCAUCGCCACAGAGGAGGGACCACAGACGCUGGUUGGUCGGUUCAUGUACGGCCCACUGGACAUGGUGACUCUGACUGGAGAGAAGGUGGACAUUCUCCUAAUGACCCAGCCCCAGUCCGGCCGCUGGGUCCACUUUGACACAGAGGUGACCACCAGUAGUGGCAGAGUGGUCUACACCAUCCCCAAGAGCAAGAAGCUGGCCACCGGGGUCUACCCUAUCAAAAUGAUGGUCAAGGGAGAUCAGACGAGUGCAGAGGCCUACCUGACGGUGUUGCCCAGGGGGAUGGAGUGUGUGGUGUUCAGCAUCGAUGGCUCCUUCGCUGCUAGCGUCUCCAUCAUGGGCAGCGACCCUAAAGUCCGCCCCGGAGCAGUGGACGUUGUCAGACACUGGCAGGACCUGGGCUAUCUUAUCAUCUACAUCACAGGGAGGCCAGACAUGCAGAAGCAGCGCGUGGUGUCAUGGCUGUCCCAACACAACUUCCCCCAGGGCAUGAUCUUCUUCUCUGAGGGCCUGGUCCACGACCCACUGAGACAGAAAACCAUCUUCCUCAGGAACCUAGUGCAGGAGUGUCACAUUAAGAUCAACUCAGCCUAUGGCUCCAUGAAGGACAUCUCUGUGUACAACAUGCUGGGUCUGAGUCCUUCACAGAUUUAUAUUGUGGGCAGGCCUUCCAAGAAGUACCAGAAUCAAUGCCAGUUCCUAAGUGAUGGCUAUGCAGUGCACCUCUCCUCACUGCAGUUUGGCCACCGGACCAGACCCAAGAAGACCUCCUCGGUCCGCAUGGUCCUGAGGAAAGGCUCCUUCGGCCUCUCUGCCAAACCUGACUUCCUGUGUAAACGCACCCACCUGAGGAGAACCAUGUCUGUCCAGCACCCUGACCCUCCCUGCACCCCCAACCCUAAGCCUGAGCGGGCCCAGAGCCAACCAGAGUCUGAUCAGGAUCCCGGGGGAGGAGGAGGGGGCGGCGGCCAUGGUGUCUGGGGGCGGGCCUCCAUACACCGUGGAGACGCCACACCCUGACAGACAGAGAGAGAUGGAGGGAAGAUGGACAAGGUGGAGGACAAGGGUCUCAUUGUCCAUGGCCAAGAGCCGCAUAGAGGGCCUGAUGAGCUACAACUGGAGUGUCCAAUCAAGCACGAAUAGUGUUUCUGCAAUUACGGAGAUUGGAGUGUGGGUGCUGUCACUUCAGUGGGCCUGUAGGAACUAAUCUAGUUGGCUUUUGUUGUGUUGUCACCUAUAUUGGAUCUUCUGCUGGUAUCCGUUGUGUUAACCUACUGCUUGGCUGCUUGGCCCUCUACACAUCUUCAACAGCUUCUCCAUUCCCAGGACUCAUGUCUAAUAUUCCUCAAGCUUUCACCUAAUGCUUGAAACAGCCAUGCAUUCAUCCUAAUGCUGCCUCUCAAGCUCAAAUUAUGUCCAAGUUUUUUCAGUGGCAGUGCUAUUGAAACAGUAUGUUGUUUUUUGUCAAGCAAAGAGAGAGACACUUUGGUCAUUUGUAUCAUGGUGCAAAAACACUUGCUACAGAACAGGAGAUCAACACACAGACGCCACCACAGUCAAAUGCUAGAAGACUCCCUCUCGUCCCCCACUGGGAAUAGCAACAGAGGAGAUCCUGUUGAAACCUAUGGAGCAAUGUUCUAGCCCAAGCAAUAUACCAUCAGAAGAUGUUCCAGACAGUGUGUUCAUUGACCUGUUGUGUUGACAGGUGGCAGAGCUACACUGACAGACUCCUGCAAUUAUCCUUUAUACACAUAGGACAGACAUCUUGUCCCUCUCUAUGGUCUGUGUCCCCAGGAGUGCUGUGGGCCUCUGGCUGCUUCACACUGUGGACAUUAACCUUAUGUUCCUCAGCCCGGCUGACCUGACCUAACCCCACUCCAGCCUCAGCCCUAUAGCCAUCCAUCCAUCCAUCUCUCCCUCUCUCAUUCAGUUAGUCAGUGAGGCAGAACACAGCUUCAGACAGCAGCAUGGUAGGGGGUCCAUGGCCACUGAACCGACGACAGAGUGGACAGCCGAAAGCUGCUCUGUCUUGCACUAUCCAAGUACUACAGUAUACCGCGGUGCUUGGUGUUCUGUAGGUCUGAAUCCUAAAGGAUGUGUUGUAUCUCAGCACACUCGCUGCAGGCUGUGACAAUGCCUGUGGAAUGCUGUUACUCCUGGUGGCUCAGAUACAAUAGCGGGAUUUGCUUGCUGUUGUUGUGAUCUUAUAUCUGACUGCAGAUGUGGAACUACAUGUUUUACUCCUCUGUCAGGAUCCUGGGCAUGUAUGGAUGGACUGAGUAUGAUGUGCUUUGUAAAGCUGUUUGAGGGAAUGGUUGUACUGAAUUGACCCAAAAUUCUUUACAAGGUUGUGAUGAGAUAGACUCAGACAUCAGAGUAGUCAUGACGACCUCACAUGAGGAAUGAUGAAACAACUGAUUGAAUAUUGUUAUUGUCAGAAGUCUAAAAGGUGGAACUGACACUGAGAAGUGAAUAUGUUCUAUGAACGGUAUAUCUUUCAAUAGAUCCUAACAUUCCUGUGGGGUGAAAUAACAUCAUUCAGAAUGUUCUAGCUACCAUCCAUUUUAGGAAAGCUUACAGCUUGAACUGUAAGAGUCGUCGUUGGACUAAUGAAGGGGUGUGUCUAUUGAUAUGAGAUACCAUGUCAUCAUAUCUACUCUACUAUGGUGGGUUAGUAAAAGAUCUGACCACUCUGUGCAACUCACAUAUUUUUCUAUAAUGAAAACUGUGUACAGAAAUAUUUUAAAAGUGUGUUUUUUUAACAUGGUUGUUUAACGUGACUGAUAGUUACUUUUGCCUUAAAUUGUAUUUUGUUGUUGUGUAGAAUUAUGAAAAUUACAUUAUUAUCCUAAUUGCUUGACCAAAGUAGGAGUUUGACAUUCAUGAGAAAGUGUGUUGUAUCAACUUGAUAUUUUGUCUUGUAUACAUUUGAAGUAUAUUCUGAAAGGGAGUCAUGCGUCAUGCAUGCACUGUGAGUGUGUGUUAUUGUGUGUGUGUACGUUUCUGUAUAUUCAAGUAUUAAGUAUUUAUGGUGUAAAUACCUGUAGCUCCAAUAUGCUCCUGAGCACGACAAGUAAAGACCAUGCAGGAGUAGUAUUGUGUUCUUCAAGGCAGGAGUAGUAUUGUGUUCUUCAAGGCAGGAGUAGUAGUGUGUUCUUCAAGGCAGGAGUUGUACUGUGUUCUUCAAGGCAGGAGUAGUACUGUGUUCUUCAAGGCAGGAGUAGUAUUGUGUUCUUCAAGGCAGGAGUAGUACUGUGUUCUUCAAGGCAGGAGUAGUACUGUGUUCUUCAAGGCAGGAGUAGUAUUGUGUUCUUCAAGGCAGGAGUAGUACUGUGUUCUUCAAGGCAGGAGUAGUACUGUGUUCUUCAAGGCAGGAGUAGUAUUGUGUUCUUCAAGGCAGGAGUAGUACUGUGUUCUUCAAGGCAGGAGUAGUAUUGUGUUCUUCAAGGCAGGAGUAGUAUUGUGUUCUUCAAGGCAGGAGUAGUAUUGUGUUCUUCAAGGCAGGAGUAGUAUUGUGUUCUUCAAGGCAGGAGUAGUAUUGUGUUCUUCAAGGCAGGAGUAGUAUUGUGUUCUUCAAGGCAGGAGUAGUAGUGUGUUCUUCAAGGCAGGAGUAGUACUGUGUUCUUCAAGGCAGGAGUAGUACUGUGUUCUUCAAGGCAGGAGUAGUAUUGUGUUCUUCAAGGCAGGAGUAGUACUGUGUUCUUCAAGGCAGGAGUAGUAUUGUGUUCUUCAAGGCAGGAGCAGUAGUGUGUUCUUCAAGGCAGGAGUAGUAUUGUGUUCUUCAAGGCAGGAGUAGUACUGUGUUCUUCAAGGCAGGAGUAGUACUGUGUUCUUCAAGGCAGGAGUAGUAGUGUGUUCUUCAAGGCAGGAGUAGUAUUGUGUUCUUCAAGGCAGGAGUAGUACUGUGUUCUUCAAGGCAGGAGUAGUAGUGUGUUCUUCAAGGCAGGAGUAGUACUGUGUUCUUCAAGGCAGGAGUAGUAUUGUGUUCUUCAAGGCAGGAGUAGUAUUGUGUUCUUCAAGGCAGGAGUAGUACUGUGUUCUUCAAGGCAGGAGUAGUAUUGUGUUCUUCAAGGCAGGAGUAGUACUGUGUUCUCAUAUGGGUCAGAUUUAACACGAGUGUCUCACCAAGAAUUGCACUGGCAAGGUUUUUAUAACUGUUGAGAAAGAGCAAGAGCUUUUAGAGUUGUCUCAGCGUUAAGCUUCAAACCCCAUUGACUGGAGAAGAAUCCUCCCCGUUGGCAGGAAACCAGAAGCAUAGAGUUAGUUAUUUGCUUUCCUCUUUUAUUGAACCACAUAGAGUAACACACCUUCGGGCCAGUACCUAAGCUUACUAAACUAAUGACAGAACAGUAGCUAUAUUUAAAACAUGUGAAUGUAAAAAUGUUUCUGUAUCCCCAUCCCUAUAAUAAUGUCAAUAACAUACCAGCAACGAUGUCCUGGUCUGGGUGAAUACUGUUUGAUAGGAUGAUAUACACUUUGACUUGUGAUUUGUAUCUUGAUCAUGACAAUGUCAUCUGAUCGUGACGAUGUCUUAACUUAACCCAUCAAUAUAAUGUGUUGUACACUGUAUGGUACUCACUGUAUUUUCAACGACACUACCAUUGGGUGUUGUACAGUACACUAUUUACAGUCAUUCUGAUUUCAGCUGGCCUGUUUCCUAUAAAAUGUGGUGGGAAGGGCAAAACAAUUGGCAUUCAAUAUUUUACAUAAUUUAUGUGAAUGAAGUGAUAUGUCUUUAUUUAUUGUCAUGCUGUUCUAUCUGGAGGAAAACUGUAUGGUCAGAGUUACACUGCUGCAGAAAUCAAAUUGAACAUUUUGUACAGUUUUAAUGUAGUGGAAACAUUUGUUUAUAUGAUAUAGUUUCCUGUAAUUGUGUUAUUGGACUUCAACCAUCUCUCACUAUCCUGCCAGUAAUAAAAAAUGAGCACAGACAAA